GCGGCAGGCUGUCUGUCAACGCGUAGAACACGACUUAGAAUAAAACACUAGAAACGCGCGACGUUAGCCCAAACAUGAGUCCGCAUUGCCGCUAAAGGGAUUACAUGGCAUGGCCUCUCCCUAUAUUACGGAUCUCCUUCAGCAUCACACGCCUUCUAGACUACUAAGUUCUUCGCAGAGUUUACUUUUAAAGUGCCGUCUUAAGGCAAAGGGAGAUCGGGCCUUUUCAGUAGCGGCUCCAUGGCUUUGGAAUAGCCUUCCACUACAUAUCAGGUCCUGUACAUCAAUGUUUUUAAAUCUUAUUUGAAGGCUCACCUUUUCUCACUUGCUUUUAACUGUGCUUAAUGUGGGUUGCUUAUCUUAUUAUGUGUUAUUGUAUUUUCUACAUUCUGUAUGUAUAUGAUCCGUUUAUGCUAUAAUGUGAAGCACUUUGGUCAACAUUUGUUGUUUUUAAAUGUGCUAUAGAAAUAAAAUUGAUUGAAUCGAGACCACAUGCGAUCUCUAAUAAGGAAGUGGCUUGUGACUGUCAAAGCAUAUAAUCUGCAGAGUUAUUCUCACACACCUUAAUUACUACGCUUUAUUUAAACUAUGUGCUAUCUAAAGGGGUUUCUAUGAACACAAUAAAAUGUCAGUUAAUUGCAUUAUUUUAUUGCCUGUUAUAUUCUUAAAUAAAUGGCAAUAAGGGGUGCCUGGUCAGUACUGGAAUAUAUUUCAUCUUAAUUACUUUGAAAAUAUGGUAUUCACUAUCUAAUUUAAACUUGGAAAUAAACAGACAGUUUUAGGAUUUUAAUGUAUUAGGAAGAAGAGUUGCACUAUUUCUAGGUCACCAACAAGGUUGGGAGGGUUACUUCUUUAUGUAAUCCAUUACAGAUUACUUUAACAAUCAGUAAUUUGCUUCAAAAACUGCUUCAAUCAGUAACAAUCCAAUUACAGCUAUAUGGAAGUAAUGUAGUGAGAUUACUUUUAAUUACUUUUUGAUUACCACAAGGGCACAUAUGUUAAUAAAGUCAAGAUAAAAUCAACAUGAUCUCUAAAACUUUAAAUUGUGCUUUGAAUGCAAACAGAACAUGUUUGAGUAAUAUUAUGAGUACUGUUGUAGCUGUUAUUAUAUCUAAGGAAAAGAAACAUGUACACUGCACCCUACCAAGAAAACAGAACAUGAGCUGAACAACUCUGUAUUUUUAAAGAAAUCAGGAUCCAAUGGGAAGACAGAGUCUGGCUAGGCACACACUGAAAGGCAGUGUUGAGAGUCACAUGAGGAUUUGAACAAUGCAGUGAACCAAAUGGGGCAUUGCAGUACCCAAGUCAUCUUCCUCAUCCUGCUUCAGAUCUUAUGGACAUCAUCUAAAGGUUUUAUUCUCUCUCCAGAUGUUUCCAUCGGCUGCAUGUGUGUUGGCAGUGACUGUAAUGAGCAGCAGUGUACAGGAGACCAGUGUUACACCUCUGUUAUCAUUAGCAAUGAUGUUACGACAUUCAAACGUGGCUGCCUGAUUGGACCGGAAAGCAAGCGCAUGACUUGUUCUGCAACGCCCUCUGCUAGUCACGUCGUAGAAUGUUGCUCCCAAAACAUGUGUAAUGCCAACGUCUCGAAAGAUACCCUUCUUCGACUGCUACUGACAAGACCAGAGGGAGAGAAGGCUGUCCAGUACCGUGUGGAGAUGUUGGUUCUCUUUGUGCUGGGGCCAUUCGUGGUGCUGGGUCUUCUGUCUGUGCUGGCAGUGCUGGUGUGCCGUAGACUCCAUCAUGGGCAUCUGGAAAGACUACAUGAGUUUGACACGGAACAGGGGGCCAUUGACGGGCUCAUUGCAUCAAACGUCGGGGACAGCACACUUGCGGAUCUGAUGGAUCACUCUUGCACUUCUGGCAGUGGUUCAGGUCUUCCCUUCCUGGUGCAGAGGACAGUUGCACGGCAGAUCAGCCUGGUAGAGUGUGUUGGUAAGGGGCGUUAUGGGGAAGUGUGGAGAGGACAGUGGCAAGGGGAGAAUGUAGCUGUGAAGAUCUUCUCUUCUAGAGACGAGAAGUCAUGGUUUAGAGAGACAGAAAUAUACAACACCGUUCUACUAAGACAUGAAAAUAUAUUAGGGUUCAUGGCAUCUGACAUGACCUCCCGAAACUCUAGCACUCAGCUGUGGCUCAUCACACACUACCAUGAGAACGGCUCUCUCUAUGACUACCUGCAGCGUGUUGCUGUGGAGAUGGCAGAUGGCCUGCACAUGGCAGCGUCGGUUGCCAGUGGACUGGUGCACCUGCACACAGAGAUCUUUGGCACUGAAGGAAAACCAGCCAUCGCUCACAGAGACCUGAAGAGCAAGAACAUAUUAGUGAAGAAAGAUCUGCAGUGCUGCAUCGCUGACCUGGGUCUGGCAGUAACUCACACUCAGUCAGAUAAUCAGCUGGAUGUGGGAAAUAAUCCAAAAGUGGGAACCAAGCGCUACAUGGCUCCAGAGGUGCUGGAUGAGACCAUUCAGACAGACUGCUUCGAUGCCUAUAAAAGGGUGGAUAUCUGGGCCUUUGGGUUGGUGCUGUGGGAGAUUGCUCGUCGAACCAUCAGUAACGGAAUUGUAGAGGAGUAUAAGCCACCAUUCUAUGACCUUGUGCCUAAUGACCCCAGUUUUGAUGACAUGAGAAAGGUGGUUUGUGUGGAGCAGCAAAGGCCGUUCAUUCCCAACCGCUGGUUUUCAGAUCCUACACUGUCUGCUCUGGUGAAGCUGAUGAAAGAGUGCUGGUACCAGAACCCCUCAGCCCGACUCACUGCCCUGCGCAUCAAAAAGACUCUGGAUAAAAUCCACAGCUCUCUAGAGAAGGGCAAAACCGACUGCUGAGGAGAGAAGAGUAGAACUACUGACCGAUGCCCACUCAUUAAACACACACACUGUGUGUCGCGAGACCUUUGGAUUCACUGGCAUCUGUCCAAACUUCUUCAUGCUGUUUAAUCGCUUUUUGUUCUUCCUGUCCAUUGGCCUAAAAGCAUCUUUUUAUGGAAAACUGUCUCAACAAUGUCUCUCUUAUGGGUUGUUCUUUGUUUCCCCACUGACCCCUGUUUGACCACAUUUUCCCUCCAGAAGCUUACAUAAAGGAGAACAACACUUCAAAACUAUGAAGACCUUUUAUCUUUAAGGAAUUUUGUUUUACGUGGUUUGUCUAACAGGCCUUUGAUUGAACCCUCUCUCAUGGAUGUGUUUUCUUAACACAAUCACAUUGUCUAUUUAACCAUUUGAGAACCUCUAAGGUAUUUACUUUUUAAAACAAAGAGGACAGAUACACACUAAAAUGCAAUCAUUACCCAUAGUCUUUGCAUGUUUCUUAAUAAUUCUGGAAGAACUUCAUAGAUGUGAUAUCACUUUUCGAGACUGCUUUUAGAAAUCUGAGCUUCUCAAAGGUCAUUGUGCUGUCUUGUAUACAAGUUGAAAUCUGUGACUCUGAUCAUGUAACAGUUAAGAGUUGCUGAGUUUGCUUUAGUGGUCGUGGAAUUACAGCUGUACUUGUGUUAUAAAACUCUGUUACAAAACGCCACAAUGUAAAGUAGAGAACGAGAGACUAAUAUCUUUAAUUAGGCUCAUUAGAUAAGAGUUGGUUAAAGGGAAGAACAAUUGUCACCUUUUACUCACCCUGUUUUACCAAACUGAUACAAUUAUCUUCUGUGGAAUACAAAAGAUGUUUUGAAGAAUGUGCACACAGCUAACCCCCCCCCCCCCCCCCAAACACAGUGACCAGGGACUGUCAAGUUCCAAAAAAGACAAAGAAGCACCAUAAAUGUAGUUUGUAUGAUUUUUUUUUCUGUUGUUUGUAGUUGAGUUGACUAGAGCCUUUUAAUGCAGUGAAAUGCUCUUAUCUACCUGUCUGUCCACAGAAACCUGGGGUCAUGGGAUUAUUUUAGAUUUGACUUGUAAAUUGUAGUGGCUAAACAUAUGUGAAAUCACGCAAAUGUGCAAUUAAGGUAAAUCUGGAGCGCUUUCAAUAUAAGCACACCGAACCAAACUCGGAGCACAUCUGUCACUCAGUUCACCAGACAGAUAAAAUUUGUGUGUAUCGAGCGCAAUACCAUUAUGAAAACACUAAAAACCUGUGCAAUACAUUACACCGACCCUUGUUAUAUGUAUUCAAGAAAGCACUACAAAGACAAAACAGCUGCGCUUUCAGACUAUUUAUUUAAUUAAAUCGUAACCCUCAUGUUCAUCACUGUCAUCAUGAUUUUGAUUUUAUUUCGAUUAAUCAUUCAGUCCUAGAACAAACUAAAAUGUAUUUUGCGCUAAAAAAUCUUUCCCUACAUCACAGUUCUCAAAUCUCAUUCACACUUCUGCAGAUUUCUAAACUUGGCACAUCUCGUUACAUCGUGUUAUUGCAUCAUAUGAAAUUAUAUGUGCAUCAUGAAUGAGAUUUAAGAGCUUCAGCAGAGGGGAAGAUUUUCAGUGAUUAAUGGCUUAGAUUUUGGUCUGUUCCUCGCACAAAGCGAUAAAAUGUCUUCAGAAGACUUGGAAAGUAACGUACAAGUAAUUUUAUGCCUUUUUUUUUUUUUUUUUUUUCAUCCUUGAGCUCCCUAGUCAUGUAUUAUUUCAUUGUAUGGGAAAGAAACGAGUUGAGAAUUACAUAAAAUCUCAUCCGUUGUUAUCCACAGAAGAAAAAAUGUCUUAUAAGUUGACGUGAGAGUGAGUGAAUGAUGACAUGAUAGUCUGGUCAUGUUCAAGCACCCAGUGAGGGCUUUGACACAAGGCCUUUCUAACCUGAUAUGGAGACUGGACUCCAUGAAUUUUAUGCCUCUAUGCCUGCCUGACAAAAAGCCAUCAUAGCACUUGUGCUUUUUUUGUAGCGGUUUCUCUUCUUUGGCUCGCUCUCUUUUCUUCCAGUCUAAUUAUUUCUCUGUCUCUUUUGCCCUCACCGGCAUGCAUACUUGAGAUGUUUCUUCACUGACAAUCAAUGGCUGUCCAGUAGGGCCUGAAUUUUUUCUAAUGUUACGCUUGAAUCCCUAAUUUUGAGUUUUCAAGGCGACGUGUCAACACAAUUAACAAAGCUAGUCGUCUUAAGCAGACUCUGAUUUUGUGAACUUGCAUAGUCUAUUUGUUUGCUCUCAUGCUUUUUUUUUUUUUUUUUUACACUUUUGUAUCCCACUUUCAACUUAUGCCAUAAACUGAGGGAAUGCGAAUGAUUUUUUUCUAACAACUUUGUCAAUUAUUUAAAAGUGCAAAGUCACUCUUGCGUAAGAUUUAUGAGGUUCACUAAGGAAACAAAAUCUUGAUUUACAUGUCCCAAGUCAAAAUGAUUUGUCUGUGUACAUAACUUUUGAGUUGAGUGGAAUUGUACAAUUAUACGUUUUAAAUGGGAAAUGUUUUGAAGAAUAUUUUACAAAGCUUAGGAAAUAGUUUUUAAGUAGAUUAAACGCUAAGUGAGAUGGCUGCCUUCUGCUUAACGCUGGUAACUUUUGCUCUCCCCAAAAAGACUGAAACGUUUACUUAUUGGUGUAUUACCAAGGCAUUUGUGUAGGAAUUCAACUACAGGAAUUUGCAUUGUGAACUGUGAAUAUAUGCUGUAAUGAAGAACCCAUAUUUAUGACACAAAAGGAACAUAAAACGUAAGACUCAAUUAUGAAUUUCGUAUCUCAGGUCUCUUUGCUUUAAGAGUGUUACGAGACCGAUAUGAUUUAAUCGCAUUCUUCGUCACAUCUUUACCUACUAGCCCUUGUAUUUUACAAAAGGUUAUCAAUGCAGAAAGAAAGCUUUCUUUUGAACUGGACAUUACAAGAACUGUAUUGCGGAUUAUCAUGCAUCUGUCUAUGAUUUUUCCUGUAUAGGGAGACUAGCUAAAUGAGGCCUUAUGAAAGGUUCCCAAUUGGUUGACUCUGCUGGGAAAUGGCCUCCUUCUCUGCAGUGAUGUUUACAGGACAUCUUCAGCCUCUCUAUGAUAAACUAGUGCUUUGUAGCUGGACCUGCUACUGGCUGAAGGAGACUGACACUGAAUCAGUCUUGUACCCCUUAGUAACUGUCUUACAAACAAGAAAAAAUACAGGUGCUGAAAUAAGCUUAGAAGUUUCAUAGCUUGCUUUCAUAGAUUUGAACUGGAAAGGAAUUUGAGGUUUUACAUUUAGCCGGAUGCAAAAAUCCUUUAUGAAUCUUAAUGAAUUUAUUUGGAAAGGAGGUACUGUAUACAAAAACACAUUUUUUUAUGCCAGAAAAGAGGCAUCUGCCACACUGUUAACCAAAAUAAUCUUUAUUGUCUAAAUUAAUUUAACAGCUUAUUGUUGGUAAGGAUUGUUGGACAAAAUCUGAUGUAUUUACGUGAUAAAAAAUCAAAUCUCACGCUGGGCUUUUAUUGGAACAAUACAGUGCUUUCAUGUCUCCAACUAUUUAUCUUUUGCCUAUAUUCUCAUUUAAUGCGGACAUGGCUCAAUCAUCACCAACUAUUGUCAGAUUCUUCAACAAUCAUGGCUAAAAAAAAAUAAUAAAGACUGAUUUAAUGAGA